AUCACCAAUAUUAUAUAGCUACAGAUAAAAAAUAAUAAGUGUAAUCAUAGACUAAUUUUAAUUUAUUAAUAAAAUAAUACUGGCCGUAAUAUAAUAUUGUAGUCACAGAUAAAAAAUAUAAUUGUGAGCAUAGACUUUUAAUUAAUAAAAUAAUACUGGCCGUUGGUAUCACAGAUUAAUAGGUGCUGGUAGAAAAAAAUGUGCAAUGUGAAUACAGAUAAUAAAACGGACCGUUUCGGCGGGAGAUUUCCGUGUAGACUAUUUUUGAGGACCGUCUUUCAUUGUUUUAUGUGCGUUUUAAGUGCUGUGGUUGUGACGUGGGGAUGCUGGAGAACUUUCACGAUCACUGAAGAGCAAACAAAGAAUCUGGAUAUUGCCAGUUUAAAAAAUUACGUCCUAUUUUUUUUUACUAAUUGGAAUUAUGCUUUCCAGUCGCUGUUUCUUUGUCUCUCUCUAACACACGACGUGCUAGAGUGGCUAGACAAGCAUGAAAGUCGUUUCGGGACGAAACUUCGAUAUUGGCGAGAUGUUCUCUUCUGCGGUUUAGUUGUACCGUUUACUUUGUUCGUAUCUGCAAUGUUCUGGUCGGUCUACGCCAUCGACCGCGAGCUGGUCUUCCCGAAGAUCUACGACACCAUUGUACCAAGUUGGUUCAACCAUUGCGUUCACACCAACAUUAGUAUAGUCAUCGCUGUGGAGACUAUACUCCAAUCCAGGAGAUACCCAAUUAAUAGGGCCCUGGAAUUGAGCAUCGGUCUUGGAUUGGCUAUACUCUAUGCAGCAGUAUAUUACACCAUCUUCUUCUUGUCCGGGAGAUGGUUGUACCCACUCUUCGGCAUCAUGACCUGGUGGCAAGUCUGCCUCUUCCAAUGCGGUAUCUGGUUCUCCGUCUACAUAUUCUACGAGAUCCAGUUCCCAAUAAAUAGGUUAAUCCACAAAGAACCUCAAAAACCAAUCGAGCAAGGGCGAGAAAUGCAGAAGGGUCUAGAAGAAACGCAAGAGAAUGGGAUACACAAGAAUGGGGUACAGAAUGUGAUAGAACGAAAUAGUUUACAAAAUACAAAUCCAGAUUUAAAGACUCCGCCGUUUUCGACCAAAUCCUGGAGUUUGAAGUAUCGUUCGAUUAGGGAGCAGUUCGAGAACUCCAGAUUAUGAGAUUGUGAUAAUAAAUAUAUGUUAAGAAUUAGACUAUUUCAUAACUACAUUUGAAUAAGACUUUAAUUUUUAUUGGACGCUGUCGAGGUUUUGGAAUUGUGAAUGUAAAAUUUAAAUAA